AUGACCCCUAUUGUUUUGGUGUCAAAAAAUAUAGAUGAAUGUGAACCAAGGCCAUGUAUGAAUGGAGGUACUUGUGCAAAUCUGAUAAAUGCGUAUAGUUGUUCAUGUCCAAAUGGAUACUCUGGUAAAAACUGUCAAGUGGCUUCUCUUGGAGUAUCAUGUUCACAGUCUGGAACAACAUGUGCUGAUAGAAAUGCUGGAUGCCAGAGUAAUGGACAAGAUGGAAACACUUGUCAGUGUACAAGUUCAUACUAUGACAGUGAUGGUUUAAAUAACAUUGGUGGAACAUGUAUACUAAAGGUUGGCCUUGGCUCUAAUUGUCCAAUGCCAAAUGCAUGUUUAUCUUCUCGGGCUGAAUGUAUUGGAAGCAGGUGUAGUUGUACUAACACAUAUUACGAUACAAACACUGACAAUACCAUUGGAGGUAGUUGUGAGACAA